UUCAUACUCUGUAAAGACCAAACCCUUCUUUACGACAACCCUGUAAGCAAUGCGCUCAAUCGUCAGAAAGCUCUCACCUUUAACUCCACCGCAUCGUCGCUUCCCUCUCUCCUUCUCUCUCUCAGCCCCAAAUUCCUGCUCCAUUCUCUCUUCUCUGCUGCCCUGUCCUCUGCCUCCUCCGGCAGUGUCGUCGGCAGCAAACCACAUUCUCUCGCUGCUCCGCCACUUCGCAUCUCAACCGUCUCCGUCCUCUACUCUCUCUCUCGCCUUCAUCCGUGGCGGAUGCUAUGAUGCCGAAGUCGCCCAUCGCCCUCCUUUCUCCUUUCCCUUCUGCCCCGGCUGCGGCGUCCACAUGCAGGACUCCGACCCCUCACUUCCCGGCUUCUUCUCAACCCCUUCAACCAAAUCCCCCGACUACCAUGCCCCCAUCUACCCUCUCCCACUCUCCUCCACCUCCGAUCCCGAAACAUCCAUCUUCAUAAAGUCUGGCCACCUCCAAGAACUGUCAGAAGCCACUGGCGGCCCUCUUCCUGGCGAUUCCAGCGCCGAAGACAGCAAGCCUUUGGUCUGUGCCCGCUGCCACUCUCUCCGCCACUACGGCCGCGUCAAGGACUCCUCCGCCGAGAAUCUCCUCCCGGACUUCGACUUCGAUUGCAUGAUCGCCCCCAAGAUUGCUUCCCCAUCCGGCCCGCGCUCCGUUGUCCUCUUCGUUGUAGACGCAACCGACUUCGACGGUUCCUUUCCUCGCAAGGUCUCCCGACUCCUUUCAACCUCCAUUGAUCACAACGCCCUCGCCUGGAAGGAGAGUAAGUCUGCCAACAUCCCCAGGAUCAUCCUCGUCGUUACGAAACUUGACCUUUUGCCUUCUUCCGUCUCCCAGGAGAUGCUCAACGAGUGGACGCGGAGGCGGGCAAAUAUCUUGGGGGCGGUGAAGUUGGCCGGAUUGCAUCUCGUCAGCGCGGUAAGGGAUUGGGGAGUAAGAAAUUUGGUCGAGCAGGUGGCAGAGUUUGCUGGUCCAAGGGGAAAUGUGUGGGCUGUAGGAGCUCAGAAUGCUGGCAAAUCGACUCUGAUCAAUGCCAUGGGGAGGUGUGUUGGGAGGAAGAUGACCCAAUUGACCGAGGCUCCUGUGCCAGGAACAACUCUGGGGAUUGUGAGGGUGGAGGGGGUGCUUUGCGGGCAUGCGAAGCUGUUUGAUACUCCUGGGAUACUUCAUCCCUACCAGAUUACAACAAGAUUAACUAGAGAGGAACAAAAGUUGAUUCAUAUAAGCAAGGAGCUUAAACCAAGAACCUACAGAAUCAAGGUUAGUUUCACAUAUUUAUUUAUUUUCUUCAGUGGAACUUUUAUUUGGCCAAGAGAGGAACUUUCCAAACGUGUUUGCAUCGGGCUUGUUGUGUGA